ACAGUAGGUAUGCAUUACCAUUACCCAGCAGGUCAUUCCUCGUGGAUAGCGCCAAAGCUCGACCUAUCUCUGAAUCCAGACACAGAAAGGCAUAAAUACAGUCCUCUGUCAGUCAUGCUGUACUUCUCUACCUGUUUAACGAUUCGACGGGUCGAUGUCGUUUGCCAGACGAUCCACAACAGGUAUAAUGCGUAAGAUGUGCUCAACCGUGUGCAUGAUCACCGUUGUAUAAAUAUUUACAGGCUGGACGGGAUACCUAAACCGCAUCAUCAGCUGGAAACAGUUCUGCCGGGGGAAUUCAAUCCGCGCAGCUCGUAUAAUGGAGUGCACCCGUGGGCCAGACUAAAAGUUGACUUUGGAAUAUCGAAGUUCCAAAAGCAAGAUAAACAGCAUCCAUCUUGCUGCAGUGACAUCAAGGAGUGUGUGAUAACAACAUCAAUUUUUUCCCUGCUUUUCCUUUCCUGGUUGUCAAGCCGACGGCAUGAACUUCUAUCGGCACUGACAUUUUGAUAGACGUUCGCCAUUAGUGAAGUUGGCAUGGGAGUUGUGGUUUGGCAUGUGGAGAGGUAAUGGCAUCCAUUUGUAUAAAGUGAAAAGGGUAAUCUUUACCAAUCAUCUUUGCUACUAGAGUAUUUCAGCUAGCUAUAGUGUUGCAGUCGGUAAUGUGAACUGAGUAAUGUACUUAAUUACCGGCCCGACUGAAAUUGAAACCCACCUAUAUACUCUCUCAUACAUUGUGCCACAGUCAUCAACAGCAGACAAUAAUCAGAGCCAGGCUGGGAAGUCAGGAGCUUUGCAGAGUGACAGUUGUGCUCGAGACAAAACAUGAACUUGAAGACGGUCUUGGAUGUGGACAUUCACAGCAAAUUUAGAGCAGUCAAAACAUUUGUAUUUGACGAGGUUUAAAGCUAGCGUGGAAAGUCUCACCACACAACCUGCACCAUGUUUCUGAUGAGUGCACAUUGAGACUUUACAGGGUGGAGUGUUUGAAGCAGAUUGCGGAUGCAACAUUGGAAGGGAGUAUCUCUGAAAAUAAAAGAGAGGUGGUUAUGAGCAAAAUCAGAGCUGCCUAUUAACAGGUACGUGUUUUGAUCUCACUCAACCAUGAGCGAUCCGUCGACGUUGGACUCGAACUACAGCUAUUAUGAUGUGUACUAUUACGACUACGGCGAUUGUGAUUUCGCCAUGAACUUCACCGCGGAGGAAGCGAUCGAGUACUCGUACGACACUUUGAACGAGCUCUACGUCCGGAUCUUUCUGCCUGUUAUUUUUACAUUGGGAGUUCUCAGUAACCUUGCGUUUCUGUGCGUGGUGUACAAUGUGAAGCGUAUGCGGACUGCCACCAACUGCUGCCUGACCAACCUGGCGGUGGCCGACGUGAUGUUUCUGGUAGGGUCUGUCGGGAGCAAGCUGGUUAAGUACGCCAACAGUCCUGUGUCGAUUGAUGAUAGUUCGCUUGGACGUGCAGGCUGUAUCGUGAUGUACCUCAUCAGCGAUACGGCUUAUAUUUUCUCCUUGGCGGCGAUCACUUUGGUGUCUUUCGAGAAGUUCUACGCCGUGUGCUGUGCCCACCAGGCCCUGGGCGACUCCCGCCGGCGGGUCUUCGUUCGUCUUCUGGUGGCUUCCUGGAUCGUGGCUUUCUGCGUGGCGGCGUCGUUCAUCCCGUGCACCAUGGAGUACGUCACCCUCUGCUCCGGGUGGCCUUCUGAUGAGAGAUACCGGUCCUGGCCCAGUCAGAUCGCCUUCUGCGGGCCGGUGGACGACUGGGCUAUCGUGUACGGUUCCGGUGCUCAAGCUAUACCCUUCCUUCUCAUAUUCCCCGUCAAUGUGUACCUGUAUUUCCGCAUCAUCGUCGGCAUCACCCGAGCCAUCAAAGACACCAGCAUCGCCGGACGGAGACAGAAGAACAUACGCCAGAGAAACCAGAUAGCCGUCAUGUUGAUCGUGAACGGGGCCGUCUUCUUCAUCUGCCUGGCUCCCUUCGAGAUGAUCAGUCUGUUUUACAUGAUCGCGUACUCUCGAGAAGAGCCGGUAUUCAUCCUUCCUGCGGACACACGGCAGAGCCUGACGUCCUCGGCUCGGUUGCUUGCGUACAUCAACGCUGCCAUCAACCCGUUCGUGUACACCUGCAUGAGCGCGCAGUACCGGGACGCGUUCCGCCAGACCUUCGGGUUGGGGUGCUGCAGCCGGCCCGGUACCGACGCCGAGAGGGAGUCGGUCUUCAAACGAAUGCGACGAAUCUCCGUCAAUCUCACGGCGUCGACCUCAGCUGGGGGCAGCAUGAGAAUCUACCAUUCCGUGCGUCCAAGAAAUAUACGUGUCUAGCAUUAUUAACUUAAAAGAAUUAGAUAUAUUUUUUUGUUCAGAACAUGAUUAAAAUGUAUUUAUUUUGGGGGUAUGGAGGGACCACCAGUUUGUGCGAACCAAUGAAGGGAUGAAUUACCACAGAAUCAUGUGAAAAUCUCUCUUGCGCUUGUAAAGAGAAAUAGGCCUAACUAUGAGGUGGAACCUGUUGUAACUUUGAAUGUUUUCAACCUGUGGGCUGCUUUUAAUUCAAAUAAAGAAACCAUAAUAUCUAAACCUGAUGAGAAAUUCCACGUUUCGAUCGGUAUAUGCUGAUCGUCUUCAUAAGUAAAAUGAUGCUUUAGACAACUGUUGCGGUUUUCCCUUUUUAGUCAGUGGGCUUAUGGGGGCCCAUACGCAUUUUAGGUACACAAUUUGAAACUCUCAGGAUCUUUUAUGGAUACCACAAUAUGUUCAAAAUCACUUGAUGCAAAGUUUUCUGACCCUUUUAUGGGCAGGGCCAUGACAUUAAAAAGUGGGGGUUUCGCCAGCAAAAAAAAAUUCCAAUAUUUCACUUUUCUGUUUUCGUAUGUGGACAGCUCACCAAAUUGCAACAUCAUGGGAAGAAAUAAUUCCAGAAUUUUGCCUCUGUUGGGGGUGGGUCCACAUUUUAAAAAAAAAGUGGGGGGUGGCAAAAGGUGUAAACAGAAGUAGCUGUAACAGGAAAUAGUGGUGCGGGUUUUUUUUCACUCCAGUAUAGAGAACGGGCGUGGGCAGAAUGUUUACAUGUCAAAUCGAAAACCUUUUGUUCCCCUAUGGGGGCGUGUCAAAAUUUGUUUCCUAAAAAGGGGGCACACCUUGCAUAUAAACAAAAAAAAACCAAUCUAACCCAUAUUUUGAAUUAUUUUCUAAAGACAUUAAAUAGGCAAACCUAUAACGUCCUUUAAUGCUCAAUGAAAUGUUAGCUGGUAUGUCUUUGUUUUUAAGCGUAAAACAAAAAUCUCGAAAGUGGUAGGAAAAGAGUGAUUUCUCAUGAAAGUCCAAAUUUAUGUCGGUUUUUAGGUCUGAAAUCAGCGAAAUAAUUUAUUUUCUAGUAUACAUCUGUGAACGUAUUUCAAAUUGCUAUUUAUUUAUUUGAUAACUGAAAUUGACACAACAUUAUUUUGAUUGUUCACUCACAUUUACUCAUAUCUGGGGUUUUCCCCUUCCCUUGUAUAUUUCUUUUCUUUUUGGCUUAUUUCACCAUUUUUGCCCAAAUGGACGCCCAUUCCAA